GCAGCGGAGACCAUGGCCAGGCUGGUGCUGUCUCCCAUGCCGGGCAGCUGGCUGGUGCUGCUGCUGCUGUUGCUGUCAGGUGAGACUGUUCCAGUAGCCAAAACAGAGGACCUGUACCAGAAUCCUGAAGGCAGUGCUUGUUCCCGGAUCUGGCAGAACCCACGAUUCAUGGCCAGGAAGCGGGGCUCCACGGUGGAAGUGCAGUGCCACACGGACGGCUCCUCUGGCAUCGUGAGCUGGCUCUUGAAGCGGGAGAUGGACACAGAGCCACAGACACUGCUCCCCAUCCAGGACCACAUCCUGCAGACCCAGAACGGCUCUGUCUUCACCCUCACCAUCCAAGGCAUCCAGUUUCAGGACAACGGCAUCUACUUCUGCCAGCAGGAGUGCACUGGGGCCUCCCAGGAGGUCUACCUGGGCUGUGGCACUGAGCUGCGAGUCAUGGGGUUCAGCACCUUGGCACAGCUGAAGCGGCGGAACACGCUGAAAGAUGGCAUCAUCAUGAUUCAGACCCUGCUGAUCAUCCUCUUCAUCAUUGUGCCCAUCUUCCUGCUCCUGGACAAGGAUGACAGCAAGGCAGGGAUGGAGGAAGAUCACACCUAUGAGGGUCUGAACAUUGACCAGACGGCCACCUAUGAGGACAUAGUGACUCUACGGACAGGGGAGGUGAAGUGGUCUGUGGGUGAGCACCCAGGCCAGGAGUGAAGGGCCAGACCCUCCCCAGGCCCCAGGCACGGCCUCGUGGGCCUCACUCUGACCGCUUCGGAGCUGCCUGGCUCCCAGCCCAUCCCCUCAUCCCUGGACCCCCAGUCGGCCUCCAAAGCUGACUCGCCAGAGCCACCUUCUGCUCCAGCGUCUGGUCCCCAUCUCUUGCCAAAGUGUCCAGAGUAGAAGGGCAACAGGGCAGUGAUUUGGAGGGCAUUCUCUGGGGAGAGACUGGACCCCACCUUCUGGGGGUGCUGUGUGGGGAUUCAGUCCCAUGUUUGGGACAGAAAAGGCAGAGACUUGUCCGGAACCUGCAAAUGGACUCAGAGCAGACUGGCUUCCUGCAGAGCCCAGGAAGGACCAUGGCCCCCAACUGGGCCCCAGAGGGGCCACUUCAUUCCUCUCUCCCACCCUCUCCCACCCCACGGGGCCCUUAGCCUCAAACUCAUUCUCCCAUGGA